AGUUUUGUUUCUAUUUUAGGAGGAUGUCAGUGAAUCAACUACUCUUAUUACUUCUUUUUCUUCGGACCUCCAAAACAGGGUUCAGUGCUGAGAUCUCUGUGUUUGUGCAGACAGGAGAUUCUGUUCAACUGGAUAUACAGACACAAGAAAAACCAGAGUUUGAUCUUUUAGCCUGGACGAAUAAUAAAUCAGAGAGUAUAGUUAGAUAUAACAGUGAUUCCAAAAGAGUAAAACCUUAUGAUUCCUACAAGGACAGAGUGGUUUUCAAUGAUGUAACCUUCUCUCUGACUCUGAAGAACAUGCAGAAGAACGACAGUGGACUCUACACAGCAAGAACAAUUGGAUCAAUAAACAAAGAUUUGGUCUCAUACAGAGUAUCUGUUAUAGAUGCUGUGAAGGCUCCUGUCCUGACUGUGAACUCAAACUGGUCCAGCAGUGACUCCUGUACUGUGAACUUCACAUGCAGAGCUCAUGAGCUCAUGAUUAACUCCAGCUAUCAGAACAACAGAUGCUCUCCACAGGAAGUGACAUCACAGAUCAACACUCUCAUCCUGGACUGCAGUGAGGAAUCCAUCAUCUGUAACCAUAGCAACCCUGUCAGCUGGAAACAAGACAGAACAAACAUCACACAACUCUGUGGAGGUAAAAAGAAUGAAUUAAACAAUGUCCAGAGUGUGUCAUCUCUCCUGUGGCCAGUCGUUUGUUUGGUGGCAUUGUGAAUUUUGAGUCUUUUAGUCUUUCUGCACUUCAAGUAUAAAAAAGGUGCUCAGGAGGAGGUAGUAGAAGGUAAUAGAAUCUAUGCUCAAGUCGAGGUAAGCUUCAAACUACUGUUCAUCACUAAGCUUGCAGACACCAUGUGUUCUCAUGCAGUGUAG